AUGAUGAUAAAUUGCUAUGAAAUUAGCUUAAGUGAAGUAUAAGAUUGUGUAGCCAAGAAUUGUGAUAAUGUAAAAAGAACUUAAAAUAAUUUUAGGAAAAUUAAUAAUGCAUCAAAGAUAGUACUUGUAAUUAAGCAUUGAAAGAUUUUAAUGAUUGUUUCUUAGCCAAUUAACAUAAUGCAACUUAUCCUUAUGAGGAAUGUAAAGGAGUUUCAAAUACUGUAUAUUCAACAUUAAUGGCAUGUUAUGAGAAUUGUGAUUACAAUUUAAUCCUUGCAGAGAAUAUUUUAAUUAUGAUGACUAUUUACAUAUUCUUUAUCAUUAAUUGA